UCCAAACCCAGGCAGGUGGUGGGAGUCAGCACAAGAUGGAGACUCUUUGCAAAGCAGGAUUCAGGUGCCUUUCGCUGGGAGAGUUUUCAUGCUGGCAGAUGAAGAGGCAUGUUGUAAACAAGCUCACCAGAAGUCGAGACUCCAUAAUGAAUAUCCAGGGAAAGAGUUCUCUGUUCCCCAAGCAGUGUGCGGGAGCAGAAGAAUGUAUUGCACUUGUAGAUGACAGCAGCCUCGUGACUCUCAGAGGAGCACAUUCCAAUAUUGAAGAAGAUCAAGAACUUCUAACUGGAAGAGUUCAGAGUUCUUGGAGUAAAACUUGCCUCAGUGAGACUCAGAACCAUCAGACAAAUUGUAGGCAGACUCACAUGAAGAACAAAUUAUGUCUCUUUGCUCCACGUGUUGAUGUUUUAAGUUGCAUUUCACACCCUGGUGAUAAGACAACAAGAGGAAGAGACGCAGCUCACAGCAACAGAGAUUGUGGUAAAGACACCUUCAAGGCUUCCCCUCCUACCCGGUGUCACAUUUACACAGGACAGAAAGCCUCCCCAUGUGGCGACUGUGAAGACGCCUUCAGCAAUAGCCCCAGGCUUGAACUACAUCAGGAGGUGCACACAGGGAAGAAGUCCCCCACACGCAGUACCCAUGAGGAGGACCCCAAUUACACCUCGGGGAUUCCUGUGCAACAAAAUGUUCGCCCAGGAAAAAAGCGCUAUUGGUGCCAUGAGUGUGGCAAGGGUUUCAGUCAGAGCUCAAACCUGCAGACUCAUCAGAGAGUCCAUACUGGGGAGAAGCCCUAUACGUGCCCUGAGUGUGGGAAGAGCUUCAAUCAGAGCUCACACCUAUAUGCUCACCUGCCUAUUCACACAGGAGAGAAGCCCUAUAGGUGUGAAAGCUGUGGGAAGGGCUUCAGCCGUAGCACGGAUCUGAACAUCCACUGCAGAGUGCACACUGGGGAGAAGCCUUACAAGUGCGAGGUGUGCGGGAAGGGCUUCACGCAGAGGUCACACCUUCAGGCCCAUGAGAGAAUCCACACAGGGGAGAAGCCAUAUAAAUGUGGGGACUGUGGGAAGCGCUUCAGUUGUAGUUCGAACCUUCACACUCAUCAGAGGGUGCACACUGAAGAAAGGCCCUACAAAUGUGGGGAGUGUGGGAAAUGCUUCAGCUUGAGCUUUAACCUUCACAGCCACCAGCGCGUCCACACAGGAGAGAAACCGUACAGAUGCGAGGAGUGUGGGAAGGGCUUCAGUUCAGCCUCGAGUUUCCAGAGCCAUCAGAGGGUCCACACAGGGGAAAAGCCGUUUCGAUGCAGUGUGUGUGGGAAGGGCUUCAGUCAGAGCUCCUAUUUUCAAGCCCAUCAACGAGUUCACACCGGAGAAAAACCAUACAAAUGUGAAGUGUGUGGGAAGCGCUUCAACUGGAGCCUGAAUCUCCACAACCACCAGAGAGUCCACACCGGGGAGAAGCCCUAUAAGUGUGAGGCCUGCGGGAAGAGCUUCAGUCAGGCCUCCAAUCUGCAAGCCCACCAGAGCGUCCACACGGGGGAAAAACCCUUCAAAUGUGAUGCCUGCCAGAAACGGUUCAGUCAGGCCUCCCACCUUCAGGCCCACCAGAGAGUCCAUACUGGAGAGAAACCCUACAAAUGUGAUACAUGUGGGAAAGCCUUCAGCCAGCGGUCGAAUCUUCAGGUUCAUCAGAUCAUCCACACUGGUGAAAAGCCGUUCAAGUGUGAGGAGUGUGGGAAGGAAUUCAGCUGGAGCGCAGGUCUCAGUGCACAUCAGCGGGUCCACACGGGAGAGAAACCCUACACAUGUCAGCAGUGUGGGAAGGGCUUCAGUCAGGCCUCGCACUUCCACACCCAUCAAAGGGUCCACACUGGAGAGAGGCCCUACAUCUGCAACAUCUGUUGUAAGGGCUUCAGUCAGAGGUCACAUCUUGUCUACCAUCAGAGGGUCCACGCAGGAGGGAAUUUGUAGAGCGCGAGGUGUGAAGAAUCCUCAGUGCCAUCGAGAAGUCCAUGCCCAUGACUGUGGGCAGUUCCUUCACAACCAGAAGCCUCAGAGAAUCUUCUGCAGGGAGGAAGUUCUCCACGUUGAGAUGAUGUCAGAUCUCAGAUGAGAGAAGUCAGUUCUAUAAAUGUGGUCAGUGUUUAUACCAUAGUUCCAAAGUGCCGCCAUUCUGAAGAUGUGCCAUGCAGAGUCUGAACAUUGAUCAGCAUCUACCAGGAGAAAGGUCCUAUAAGGAAGGUUGUGGGCAGGACCUGGUGACUGACAAAACUGAUGCCACCUAAAGUGUAACUUCAUGUAGGGAGAGGUUCUACCCCACCACCUCUGCCUCAUAGAGCUGUGCUUGGCUUGUGAAAUGGUCAGCGCUCUGUAGAGAGUGACAAAGCCCCUAUAAUUAGGACCCAUUUUUUAAAAUGCUAGUCAAUUCCCUGCCCUAAAUUGUGUUCAUCGGGAAUCCUGCAAUUAGCCUUAACAUCAGUCAGAAAAUAUUAAAGUAUAAAAAUUAACACUGCCAUCCACAAGAAUACAAAUUUGGACAAAGGACUUCUGAGUGACUUCCAUCCAUCAUCCAGCCUCACUUCCCUGUACAAUGCUCAAUUGUGUACAGUGUAACUUUAGUGUCAUUUGUAUUUUAAAAUCUGAAAAAUGUUGGAUUUUUUUAUUAAUCUAAUAACAUGACACUGCCAUUUCCAUGAUUGUAAUUUUGGGGCCUAAUUCAUGAAGAUAGGGUUUUACUAUACCUUACUGAAAAUGUUAGAAGUACUUACCAAUGACAAGAAGUUUCUUAGUAAACCUGAAUUGUUAACAAUUGAUUUCUUAUUACUUCCAGUCAUGCCUUAGAGCAGGUGAUGUCAUGUCAGCCUCUCUGGAAGGGACUUUGGCUGUGUCUUGUUCUGUUUUGUGCUGCUAUAACACAAUCCCUGGGGCUAAGUAAUUUACAAAGAACAAAGAAUUAUUUCUUAUAGUUCUUGAGUCUGGGAAGCUCAGGAUCAAGGGGCUAAAUCUGCUAAGGGCCUUCUUACCACCUCAUGUUGUGGACUAAAGGAGGUGGCGAGGGUAAGGAGGAAUCCCCAGUUAACACCCAUGAACACCAACCUACUCUUGGCCAGGUGUAAUGGCACGUGCCUGUGGUCCCAGCCACUGGGGAGAUGGAGGCAGAAGGAUUGUGGUCCAAAGCCAGCCCAUGCAAAAAGCAUGAG